AUGGAAGAACCUGUACAACUGAAUGAUCAAUUCGAAUCUAAUGAUUCGCUGCCUUAUAACAAGGGUUACUAUCAAAAGACUCCACCGGUUGGAAUUUCCUUAACUCAGGAUAUGUAUUCCAAACGAUACUCUUCAUCAUCUUAUGCAUCGUCUGUUUCCGACUUUGCAUUGACUCAUUCGCCAACGGAGACUUCCCAUCGGGAAUCCAUGGCUGCCCAGAGGCAAAUCAAGGACCUCGAGAAAAAGUUGAAUGAUACUUUGUUAGAGCUGGAAAGAACGAAAAAGGAAAAUCGAGAGUCGAUAGAAUUGAAUAAGACUCAUGUGAGGAGAAUUAAACAGUUGGAGCAGGACUCGGAACAACUAAAGAUUGUCAAUAAGUCGUUAUCAAACGAUAUGGAAAUUUAUCAAAAAAAAUUGGUUGACAAAGAAAAUGAGUAUAAGCAAUUGGAAACGAUGUACUAUGAAGAAAAGAAACGGAAUGAAAGUCGUUCAAAAUCGAUUUCAUCUGACGAUGAGGUGAAGACGGCUGGAGAAGCUGUAUAUAAAGAAAGCGAUCAUACCUUGAUUGAAAAACUUCAAGACGAAAUCAAGACGCUCAGAGGUGAUAACGAAUCAAUGACUCUAUACAUUCAAAAAAUGCUGAAUCGUAUAAUGGAAGUAGAUGGUUUUGAGGAAACAUUGGCCACAAACUGGACCUCAACUUCGCAAGAAAAGUCUUCAAAGUCCACAAAAUCAGAGAAGCCUGCACGUCCAAACUCCCUAAAGUCCGACUUUAAAUUUCCACGUUCACCAACAUCCGCAAAAACUUCAUUCGCCACGCUAAAGGAAGAGGAGACAACAAAAUCCGACGAUGACGAAUCCAAGAAUAAUCCACAGCAACGGUCAUCACGGCCGCUUACUACGUUUGAAUCCUUAAAUGGUGACAAUGCAAGCAGAACAUCUCCACCAAACAGAACACGUACUGGUAGUAACUCGGCGGAUGGAGCGUUGGUACAAGAGAGUCCUCGCUACGUGAACCUGCCAAAGCGAUCGUCUACCAUGAAUGUUGUUCCCACAGGAACUGCAAAUACUACAAAUAGUGCGGCCAGCAGUAAGAGAAUUAGUGGAUUCUUUAAAUGGAGUGUUGCAGCGGUAGCGACCGCUACCAUGAGAAAUGCUGCUGAAGCUGCAAAGAAGGAAGAUCCAUAUAUGAAACCUAUUCUAUUGGUUCAGGCUAAAGAUAAGGCUAAGGAUUAG